UGGAAAACCACGUGACUAUUUAAAGACGCGCGCCCAAUGCUGUUUUUCCUACUUCUCUUUUUUCUUUCACGACAACCCUCAAGACUACAAGAACGGCAAGAACUACAUCAUGGCUAUGGAACGAAUGUAUGGUCCUACCAUUUUCUCUUCAGUUUGUACUGAUGUUGGUAAAGGCGAGAUAAAGUCAAGCAAAUUGACAUCCCAGUGCCCUUAGGACGAAAUAACAAGCCGCCAGUACCGACGACCGCCACUGACAUCAAUAGAAUAGUGAGGAAGUCAGUUAGCUCCACGUGAAUUGCUCUAAGUGGACCCUAGUUCGAUGAACCGACGCCUCCGCGCAAUCUUGACAAAUAUCGAAGCACGAUCGUAAUCUCUUCAGACGAAGAAAACGACGGCAGUGACAAUGACGACGAGAGGCCUCCAAUACGAUCUCAGCAAGCUCCUUCUCGGUUAUUCAUGGAGCAUACCAACGUUGAGAGGCCGUGGCAGCCUUCCCAGUCAUCCAAACCGCCCAUUGUGCCACUGCCUAGGACACAGCCUUUCAAUCCAGUCUACCAGCAUUCUUUGAAUGCGGCACCUGUACACCAACGCAUUCCUUCAAACUCUGGGCCUCUUCCACCGGGCGCAUUCCCUCACAGGCCGUUCCCAACUCCUGGGUUGAGAGGCAACCCGAUUCCCAUACCCUCAGAUGAUCGCGCUCUACCAGGUCCAUCACAAAGGCCUUACCAACAUGUUCCUGGACUUGAUUAUACUCGAAGUGACAACCUCCCAUUCGACAAUGGUGGGUACAUGAACAGCGCUGAGACGGAGAAAGCCCUUCGCGACCUCAUGGGUGGGGCUAUGAACGACGAAGAAGUGGAAAUUAAUAUGGAGGAUGCCAUUGUUGACGGAUUCAAAGAAGGCAUCAUGCUACUUCCGCAUCAGGUCUUGGCCCGAGCGUGGAUGCGAGACCGCGAAGAUGUGAAGAAAAAGCAAUUUGGGGGUCUUCUUGCGGAUGAUAUGGGUCUCGGGAAGACAGUGCAGACCCUUGCUCGUAUUGUUGAGGGAAGACCGACCAAGAAGGAUCGCGAGGAUGGGUGGGCUGCGGGAACGCUCGUCGUUGUACCGCUUGCUGUUCUACCUCAAUGGGUGGAGGAAGCCCAGAAGAUGACAAGUUUGAAGGUUAAAGCGCAUCACGGCGGCAGUCGUACUUCUGAUCCCGAUGAACUUCGAAAAUGUCACAUCAUUGUAACCACUUACGAUGUGGUCAAGUCUGAGUUUGCUGCUCACAGGCCCCCAGCCAAGGAUGAAUCGAAGCAGUCAAAGUUGAAAUCCAGCAAGGAUGAUUCGGAAAGCUCCGAUGAAGCGGAACAUUUUGGAAGAACGCUCAAAGCUAAGGAGAAACCGAAACGCAAGGUGAAGGUCAAAGAUGCCCUGUUCCAUGUCAAAUGGUGGCGCAUUAUUCUUGAUGAAGCUCACACCAUCAAGAACAGAUCCACCAAAGCGGCAGAAGCCUGCUUUGAACUUCAGGGCAGGUUACGCUGGUGCUUGACAGGAACACCGAUGCAAAAUGAUGUUGCGGAGCUGUUCUCUUUGAUCAAGUUUUUGCGUAUCAGGCCGUUCUCAGAAUGGGAAACAUUUAAUGAGCAGAUUGCCAAGCCAGUCAAGAAUGGCAGGGGAGCUCAGCGCGCGAUGAAAAAGCUUCAGGUCGUUCUGAAGUCGGUGAUGCUUCGCCGUCGCAAAGACCAGGUCAUCAACGGGAAAGUCUUGAUUGAGUUACCUCCACGGGAGCUCAACAUUAUUUCAUGUCCAUUCUCGCCCGCUGAGCAGACAUUCUAUGAUGAACUCGCCGUCAAAAUGGAUUCAACACUGCAAACAUUGAUGGACAAGCCGUCGAGUUACAUCAGCGUAUUGCUGUUGCUGUUACGCCUGAGACAAGCAUGCAACCAUCCGGUUCUUGUAUCUAAGGACUUUAAGAACGACGCAGACGCAAUCGAUCCGAAGCAAGCCAAAGGCACCGAAAGCCAGAGUCAGGACAGCGUUGAUGGUGAUGAUCUCGCUGCGGCGUUCGGCCAGCUAAACGUUGUACGCAAAUGUCGUGUAUGCACUAACGAGCUGACGCCGACAAAUACGGCUGCCGGUAGCUGGGAUGCUUACUGCACUGAUUGUGCACAGCUCACGCAGAAGCAGCAAACCAGCGGGGACUCGGCAAAGAUUCGUAUGGUACUUUCACUGCUGAAAGAUAUCGACGUACGGAGUGAUGGCGAAGACAAGACCAUCGUGUUCUCGCAAUUCACCAGCAUGCUUGAUUUGGUGGAGCCUUUCCUGUCGCAGAAUGGUAUUCGGUAUGCAAGAUAUGACGGGAGCAUGGUCAGCGGUGAGCGAGAGGCGGCCUUGAAUAAGAUCAAGACCGACCCGAAGGUCAAGGUCAUCUUGAUUUCGUUCAAGGCCGGAAGUACCGGUCUCAAUUUGACAUGCUGUAACAAUGUCAUUCUGGUAGACAUGUGGUGGAAUCCUGCUCUGGAGGACCAAGCGUUUGAUCGUGCGCAUCGGUUCGGGCAAAAGAAGAAGGUUAACAUCUACAAGCUCAAGAUUGAUGGCACUGUGGAGGAUAGAAUUUUGGAGCUCCAGGAGAAGAAACGCGAGUUGACGCGCGCAGCUUUGAGUGGUGACAAGCUCAAGAACAUGCGGCUUGGUAUGGAUGAGCUUUUGGCAUUAUUUAGACAUGGGGGCAAUGAUGAUGAGGAUUAGAGUUAUUGGUACUUGUAUUCUGUGAUAUUUCUUGGAUGAUCUCUCACUUGUAUCAUACCUUUACUAUCUUAUAUCUUAUACCAUGCUAUUGACUUGAUAAGAUCUUACCAGCCGAGGCAUACUGUCUCAAAA